AUGGCCACCUCCUUACUUGUGAAUCUGAAUCUGAUCAUGGCUGCAAUAAUAAUACUCUGCAAUAUUUCAUCAGUUUCUUCUACAAAUACAAAUACAAAUACUUCUCUUCCUCCACCUAUAAGCCCGAGGAAUCAAAACGAAGAGAUUGGCACUGCCAUAGGAGAGAUGCAAAGCGGCAACUACUUCACCUUUGUAAUGCUGAUGAACAUGGUAGGCCCCAUUGAUGAGAGACUAGAAAAGAACGUCACUUUCUUCAUGCCCAACGAUCAGAUGCUAUCAGAGGUGGUGUUGCCAGUGGCAGUGGCACAUGAGGAGGGGGACGCUGUUACGGAUUUCUUGCUUCGUCAUUCGAUCCCUUCACCAUUGCUUUUCGAGUAUUUGGAACAUAUCCCAACAGGUUCAACAAUUCCCAGUUCAAAGCCAGGCUACUCACUCAGAGUCUCCAACAAUGCCAGCAACAAUGCAGGGAGGUAUUUCUAUCUCAACAAUGUCAAAAUUGUUAAACCGAAUGUAUGCGCUGCAUCGGCCUCUUCUAUUCAAUGCCAUGGCAUAGACGGGGUUCUAGCACCACUAGCACCUCCUCCUCCUCCUCCUCCUUUACCACCCCCUGAUCAAGAUGAUGAUUCUUGUUCUGAUAAAGCUCCUCCAGCCUCAUCAUCACCCGUUGAUGAUAAUCCAAAUACACCAGCUGCAGUGCCUGCCUCGCCCUCAACUGACCCAGCAAAUUUAAAAUCAUCAGCUGCUGCCUCUUCUCUGUUUCUUUCGUCUCAUGAACUAGGUCAUGGUUUGAGGAUGUCAUUGACCAGCUGUGCUACAUUGCUGUCCAUUUUCAUCUCUACGAUCUAG